UAGCUUACCUUGUGGUUCUAGCUAAAGGGGAAGCUCCAGCCCAAGAAGAUGGAAGGCGAAGCAGAUGUAAGAACCCCAUUGAUCGAUGGCCCAAAGCUGAGGAACGAUCGACGACCCCCAAGUUUCCUCUGCUCCCUCAGCACCUUGAGGUUCAAUUUCUUCCAGAAUUUGCCUGACAAGGUGAGGUCCAGCUUGGAUCCUGAGGACCCUGUUAGCACUGAUCUCUCUGCUGCCAAAGGACUCAUCAAAGGGGAAAAGGAAUACUAUGAAAAACAAUUUGCAACCCUAAAAUCCUUCGAGGAAGUUGACUCUUUAGAAACAACCAAUGGCAUCGAUGAGGUUCAAGGCCAUGAUCAAGAGGUAGAGCAUGAAAGAGCAAUGAAAUUAUCCAAUUAUGCAAAUAUUCUUUUGCUGGCUUGUAAGAUCUAUGCCACAAUAAGGAGUGGCUCAAUUGCUAUAGCAGCUUCUACACUUGAUUCUCUGCUAGAUCUCAUGGCUGGUGGAAUUCUUUGGUUCACACACAUGUCAAUGAAAAAUAUAAAUAUCUACAAAUAUCCUAUUGGAAAGUUGAGGGUGCAACCAGUAGGCAUUAUCAUUUUUGCAGCUGUUAUGGCUACGCUUGGCUUUCAGGUACUGAUCCAGGCUAUGGAACAACUGAUAAAAGAUGACCCUUCUGAAAAGAUGACCUCGGAUCAGCUUGUGUGGUUAUAUACAAUCAUGCUGUCUGCUACUGUGGUAAAACUUGGCCUCUGGAUUUACUGCCGAACGUCAGGAAACACGAUAGUCCGUGCUUAUGCAAAGGAUCACUAUUUCGAUGUGGUAACAAAUGUUGUUGGCUUAGUCGCUGCUGUUCUUGGUGAUAAAUACUACUGGUGGAUUGACCCUAUUGGUGCUAUUAUUCUUGCAAUAUAUACAAUUACAAACUGGUCUGGGACUGUACUGGAAAACGCAGCUUCUCUAGUGGGGCAGUCAGCUUCACCUGAAGUCCUGCAGAAAUUGACAUACUUGGUCAUAAGGCACCAUCCUAAAAUCAAGCGCGUUGACACAGUUAGAGCCUACACUUUUGGUGUUCUCUACUUUGUAGAGGUUGACAUUGAACUUCCUGAAGAUUUGCCACUGAAAGAAGCUCAUGCAAUUGGAGAGUCGUUGCAAAUAAAGAUUGAGGAGCUCCCCGAAGUUGAGCGAGCAUUUGUUCAUCUUGAUUUUGAGUGUGAUCACAAACCAGAGCACUCUAUUCUUAGCAAGCUGCCUGAUACUCAACCUUGAAUUUGAACCAAAACAAUACACACACCCUAUUCUAAAUGGCUGCUAUAGUGAGGUUCUAGUUAAGAGGAUAAGUGGUAUGAGUUCAAAGGGAGAGGAAAGAAUGUUUAUCCCCUCCUUGUAAGUUGUAUAAAUUGUACUUUGAAGACAAACCAUUAUUUGGGAUGUGGGAUACAAAGGUGUUUGCUCUAU